UUAUAUGACGAUAAUUGAAUCAACAAUAAAAUGAUUAUUAAAUGACCAUCAUGAUACGAAGAAAAUUAUUUCUUCGAUUCAUUGGCCUAAUGGUUUGUGUGAUUCUGGUAUGGAUCUAUUUACCAUCUCAUGUGCCAAUGAAUUAUGAAAAUUUAAAACAUUCGGAACGAAAAUCAAAUUCCAGUGCAGAAAAAUUGUUCAAUUUUGAUCUUUUAAUCAAUGUUAUUCAAUCAAAUGAUAAACAAUAUAAUGUAACGAAUGAACACAGAUUCUCACCAUUGACUGAUGAUAAUUUGGUUAUUGUUGUUCAAGUUCAUCAACGUUUAAAAUAUCUACAAAAUUUAAUAGAUUCACUUUCGAAAGUGAAAUCAAUUGAAGAAACUUUGAUCAUAUUCAGCCAUGAUGUAAUUGAUGAACAGAUUAAUAAUUCAAUCAGAAGGAUUGGUUUUGCCAAAAUUAAACAAAUUUUCUUCCCAUUUUCCACACAAAUCUGGUAUAAUACAUUUCCAGGUCAAUCAGUCGAUGACUGUCCCCGUGAUAUAGGAAAGAAAAAAGCUUUGGAAAUAAAUUGUGUCAAUGCCGGCCAACCCGAUAGUUAUGGACAUUAUCGUGAAGCCAAAAUCACACAGACUAAACAUCAUUGGUGGUGGAAACUUUGGUAUGUUAUGGAACAUUUACCACAAACACGAAAUCAUCAUGGUGAUUUUCUAUUCAUCGAAGAAGAUCAUUAUGUUAGUCCAGAUUUAAUUCAUCAUUGGAAAUUGAUGAAAUUAUCACAAAAAGAUCUUAAAGAAUCAGAUACCGUUGUUGAUAUUUUGACCAUGGGCAAUUAUGAAUUCAAUGUGCAAAAACCGAUUAACAAUGUACAAGCUGAAAUGAAAAAAUUAAAUCUAACAAAUUGGUUUUCAAGUAAACACAAUAUGGCAUUCACCAUUGAUCGUGCACUUUGGUCACGUAUAAAAUCUUGUCAAUUUGCAUUUUGUACGUUUGAUGAUUACAAUUGGGAUUGGUCACUACAGUUUAUAAUCAAUGAAUGUUUGAAACAAAAACUUUGUACUCUAGUCACAGUCGUUCCAAGAGUAUUUCAUACGGGAACUUGUGGCGGCCUACACCAUAAACAGAAACAUUGUGAUGAAAAUUAUGAGGCAAAUAAAUUGAAAAAUUUUUUUGCACAAAAUCAUGAAUAUCAAUUUAUCGACGUAGUUCGAAUCGAAAAACAUUCCAGUCCAUAUAGAAAACGGAUUAAAAACAAUGGUGGAUGGAGUGACCGUCGAGAUCAUCAAUUAUGUCAACAAUAUCAGUUUCCGUUUCGAAAGAUUUUUCAACAGAAUCCAGAUUUCUAUCGAUUGUUGGAAAAUGAUUUUUCCAGAUUUGAUAUAGAACAAUUUAAAUGAACAUCUAGCGGGAAAUUGCCGAAAAAUUCAAAAUUAUUCUACGGAAAGUUUCUGUUAACCAUGUGAUCAUUGAUUUGAACAAAAAUUUUUGUUUUGCAAUUUUUUUUGUAAAUUAUUAUCAAUUUUUUAUUUUUGUUAUAAAAAUAUGACUUUAUUGACUGGCA